UAAUAUAAUUUUUUUAAUAAUAAAGAAAGUAGCGAGAAUUUUAGCGAUUAAGAUUUAUCAACAAAAAGUUUUUCUAAAAUAAAUAUUUAAUUUUAUUCUGCUAUAGUGUUCUAUCGGCCAUCUUAGCAUUUAAGCAUGAAAUAAUUGAUUAUUUAUUUUAUUAGAAAAAAAAACCAAAUCGCGACUACUGUUUUCUCGGUUCGACUAUACAUAUAUUCGUGUUAAAAAGUAAACUUUCUAACAUAACCUCUACAAUGUAGUUAUAUUUACAAGGAACUUACUUUUAAAGCCAGUAUAUUUGAAUAAUUAUUUUUGCGACAUAUGAUGGAAUCGACAAGUAACUUAAUAAACCAUAAAGCUGGAACUUCAAAGAAUUUAUCUCAUGCCAAAUUAAGCAUUUCAGAUAGUGGAGUAUAUUCUUUCUUAUCAAUUUGUGCAAUUUGUUUACCACAGUUAUUUCCGAGUGAAUGGAAUGCUGAAUUUAAUCGAAAUUAUAUAAAGAAAUUAUGUCAAUACUUAGGAGCAAAUAAACGCAUAGAAUCAGUGAUGCUUGUAUUUGUGGAAGGAAAUAGUAGUCAUGAAUGUAACCCUUAUAUUGAAUUAUUACUUCAAGAAAAAACUUUCAGCCAAAAAGCUAUAGUUAUUAUUCAACAUGCAGUAUUAUUUGCAGUACAAAAUGGAAUUGUGUCAGGUGAAUAUGAUGCACGGCAACGAGUAUUAGCACGACGAUUAGCAGAACUUUUUAAAGUACCUUUUGAUUUGAUUGAACUAUAUGAACAUUCUUUAGUAAAUUUGCUUAGUAAAGAAACAGAAUGUCGUACAGAAGAAGAAAAGAAAGAAACAGAACGUCGUGAUAAGAUACGGAGAAUAAAACGUUAUGCAUCAGUAGGAAUAGCUACGAUAGCUGGAGGAACUUUGAUAGGUUUAACGGGAGGUUUAGCAGCUCCUUUUAUAGGAGUAGGUGUUGGAACAAUUCUUGGAGGUGCAAGUGCAGCAGCCCUUACUAGUACUGCAGGUGUUGCUAUAAUUGGCUCUGUGUUUGGUGUAGCUGGUGCUGGAUUAACUGGUUAUAAAAUGAAUAAAAGGGUUGGGCAAUUAGAGGAAUUUUGUUUUGAACCUCUUUCAAAAUAUUCAGUAACUGAUCAACAGUUACAUAUUGCUAUUGCUGUUACUGGUUGGUUAAAUAAUGAAGAUUCAGAUAGUAUUACUAAGCCAUGGAGAUUUUUGGCUAUUUCUCGAGAACAAUAUGCUCUUCGAUAUGAGACUAAAUAUUUAAUAGAAUUAGGCCAAGCUUUGGAGUAUAUACUUAGUAUUGCAAUAUCUUUUGCUACUCAGGAAGCGUUGAAAUAUACAGUUUUAUCAGGACUUAUGAGUGCUAUUGCUUGGCCAACUGCUUUGCUAUCAAUGUCAUCAGUAAUUGAUAAUCCUUGGUCAGUUUGUUGCCGGAGAAGUUCAGAAGUUGGUAAACAUCUAGCUCAUGUUUUACUUUCUCGUCAACAUGGUAAACGCCCUGUAACUUUAAUUGGUUAUAGUUUAGGAGCUCGUGUGAUUUUUUAUUGUCUUCGAGAAUUAUCAGAGUUGGGUCGAUCCCAAGGUAUUAUUCAAGAUGCUAUAAUGCUUGGGGCUCCAGUGACCAAUAAACAAAAGCAAUGGGAAAAAUGUACCAAAGUUGUUGCAGGAAAGAUCAUCAAUGGAUACUGUCCUUCUGACUGGUUGUUGAAAUUUUUAUACAGAACAUUAUCAAUGACUUCAGGAGUUGCUGGAUUAAUGCCAAUUGAUUGUCCCAGAGUUAAAAAUAUCGAUUUAGGAUCGGUAAUAUCAGGUCAUAUAGAAUAUUCAAAUAAAUUGUUAGAAAUCAUAGAAUUUGUUGGAGUAAAAACUAGAUCUAUCAAUGCUCUAGAUGAUAAAGGAGUACUUAAAAAGUCAAUUUCUGAGUAUCCAGCCAUUUCUAAACCAAUAUCUAAUUUAUCACUGCGAGGAUCUAAAUCUGAUGAGAGCCUCAAUGUCUUCCAUCUUCAAACUCAAAUGAUUCAUAAACAGAGUUCCUAAUGGUCCGUCCUCAAGCUUCUAAGAUUUUCUAUUCUAAUUGGCGAAGAUAUUGAUAAAAAAUUAUUUUUCUUAAAUUUAAAGGGGAAAUAUUAAUUCUUUAAUGAUGAAUUUGAUCUUUUCAAUAAACUGUGCAUAUUAUAUAAAUUUCUAGCAAAAUGAAAAAUUGA